UCUGUAAUUUUUCGAGAGAGCGCUGCAGCGCGCGCUGUUUUCGGUUCCAUUCCUUGAAAAAUAUUAUUAAAGAAACGCUGAAAUUUCUUUAAAACAACGUUCGAAGGGAUUUUUAUUAAGGAACCGGAAAGAAUAUUCUAGUGGUAGUGUGUUUUUGUUUGUUUCGUAAAAAUCCAAAAUAUAUGGAUACUUAAAAAAAAAGAAAAGAAGUGACUUAUAUUAUGUUUUAGUAAAUAUAAAUCGACUUAAUUAAUAUUUGAACUUGUUGUUUUUCCGCGAGUUACUUAGCCGCUUUUCGAUUUUCGUUUUUCCGACUUUCCUGUGCGCGGAACGGGUUUUUCAACGAAGCCUUGAGGUCUGUUUUUGCUCUCAAACUGCACCAAACAAAGCUGAAAAACUAAAUUAAAGCGACAGGCUUUUGCGGCAAAUUAAUCGAUGUGUGGUAUAGACUUUUAAUUUGCAGAUUCACCAUCGAUUUUUCCUCCAAACUCAGCUGCAGAGCGCUAGUGUUGGUGUUGGUGUACGUGUCUGCUUGUGUAUCAGUGUGUGUGUUUGGGAGUCCUGGCAAUACAAAUAAACAGUUGAGUUAGGUAAACGGAACAACAAAAGGAAGUGAAAAGAGUAAGAGAGAGAGAGAGGAAACGGCAGGACAAGGCCUUGAGUGAUCACUCAUUCUAUCCAUUUUCUACAGUUGCAGCUGUCAUCAAAAUUCGCGCGAGUGCGUUUGUGUUAGUGUGCGUGCGUGUGGGAGAGCAAGAACACCGGUGAUAAUUUCUCUCCCUUUCUCCAGUGUUUGUGCAUUCAAUUUGCACAAAAUUGUAGCGACUCGCUAAAUUCGCAAAUUUCCGUCCGCGAAUUGCCAUCCAUUAUUUUGCACUCCCCCCAAGAGAGCGAGAGCAAUAAUAGAAUUAUCAGAGGCGGAGUUGAGAAAUAAGAAAAAAUAAGCGAAAAGAGAAUGCCCUGGGUGGCCGUAAUGCCGCGACCCUCUGACAUUUCCAUCGUCGCCCACCAAAGGAACAGCAGUAAUAACAACAACUGAGCCACAAAAACAACAAUUCGACAAACAAACAAACAAAACAGCAAACGAGCGAAUCAACGAACGAAACUCCAGCAGCCUGAACCGCUGGCACAGUUUUCCUCCUUCAACUCCAACUCCGUGGUGGAUUAGUGCUUGGCCAUGUCCGCCACUCUCUUUGAGAUGGCAUCGCAAUCGGAUGAACAGCAGCCAAUAGUGUGCCUGGAGGAGCAGCAGCUAAUUGUGGGCAUGACCAGCCUGGAGCUAAGUGAAUCUGUGGUCACCCCCGGCAAUUGCGAUGGGAGUGACAGUGGGCUGGAUGUGGCCAGUUGUUGCCAUUCACGAGUCACCUUACAACGUGGCCUGAGCAGCACCAGUGGAGGCUAUACAAGUAGCAAUGGUUUGGAGGAGAUCUACGAUAGCUGCGAACUAAAGGUGACCACUGUGACGCAGACUCCCAGUGAAACGGGCAGUGAAAAGACUUCGCCUCCAAGGAGAACUGGUUCCGUGAAGAAGAAAGUGGCCAUGUUUGAGCCGGAGGCGACGGGUACUCCUGUCAGGGAUCAAUUACGUGGAAGAGUGGCGAACCUAAAGAGAGCAGAGAGCCUGCCCAGGAAUAGCGCGGGACAGGGACCUCUGGCCACACCUUCAAGUCACAGAGACAAGUCGCGCCUUUCGACCUCCGCCUCUUUCCGAGUGCCCAGUGCCACAGCCACGCCCACUUCGGCUCGUUCGGCACGCCCUCAGAAACCGGAUACGUUGCCCAAUGCCCUGAAUCGAGCGCAGUCUGUACAACGGCUUACCCAGGUACAGAGAACGCCCUCCCUGAGUCGGGCCAGGACUCCGGGAACUCCCUCGGAUGAUGGCCGUUGGCCCGCGAAUCGAGGAGCCGCUCGUCGCGGCAUGUCAGUGACCCCCGAAGUCACUGCAAAUCGAAUGCGCGGAAGUCCUGCACCCGGUGGAACUCUCCCACGUCGUCGGAAACAACAAUCCGUGGAGGAUCUCACCGGGGGACGAUUGUCCAGGAGUAACUCCAUUAGCCGUGCAGCUGUUGUGGAUGCCCGCAUGACUUCCUCGGUUAUGGUGGUUCCUACAAGUCGUCGAAGUCUGGCUCCUGCCACCGCAAAGGUCAAUUCCCUAAGAAGACCCCAGCCGCUGACUCCUAGGACGCGAAUCUAUCACGAAACUGCAGUGCAAACGGCAUUAACUAGUGAGGAUUUGGAGCAAGUCCUGGGCGGUGGUCUCCUGCAGACUCGAGCCUUGGACGCCGUAGAGCAACGACAUCAAAGUACCCAAGCGGAACCCGACCAACGGGACUUCGAGCUGGAGCAGCUGCGUCAGGAGGUGCGCCAGCUCAGUGGAAAACUGCAGAGGGAACGAGAGGAAAAGCUGGCCAUGCAGCAGGAGCUGCACCUUAACACAGAGCGGGUGAUGGGAAUGCUGGAGCUGGCACGAGUAGUAAGUGCCAGUGCGGGAACGCCCACAUCGGAGGACAGUGGCGAUGGCAGUGGUCAUGACAGUCUGCUUAUGUUGGAGUCCCAGAUCCAGAUCAGUGGCCAUGAGCUCUUUGAGCGUCAACAGGAGAUUGGACAGCUGAGGGCCAUGUGCCGAGCCUUACAGCUGGAGAUGAGAAGAUCCUUAGCCACUCAGCAGUUGCUGAUUCAGGAGAAGGCCGCCAUCGAACUGGAGUCCAGUGAGCUUCAGGACUUCCUGCAGCACGAGAAGGCAGCUCAAUGCGAUGCACUACGGGAGUUGGAAGCGGAUUAUCAAGCCGUUAAAGCGCAGUUGUCCAAUCGCGAGGAGGAGGCCAAGGUCCUGCGAGAUGAAUGCAGACACCUUGUGAGGCUCAACGAGCAGAGGCGUCAGGAGAACCGCUUGCUGCAGACCAAGUUCACCGCUUUGGAGAACAAGUCCCGGGAGCUUAUCCAUCAGCAGAAUGCCUCGGUGGCUGGAGCAUCCACUGCCCUGUCGGGAUUGCACUCCCGUUUGGAUGGUUUAGUGGAACAGCUGGUCUACUCCUACAGUAUUUCCGAGCAGGACUUGGAGGACAUACGAUUCCAGGCGGAAUCGGAGCAAGUUCAGAACGGUCAAAGGCCAAAUGGUCUGGAUCUGCCCAUUGGUCCUGCAGCCACUGGCGAUGCCAUGCACACUCUGGUCCUGGCCAGUGAUGGUUCCUUAUCCCCGCAGCGCAAUCAAUCGUUUAUUGCCGCUGUCAUCGGUGCCAUUCGCCAAGCUACCACUCAUUCCGGCAAACGUUUAUCUCUGCGACAUGCGGGAAAAAAGAAUGGAGUGGGAUCAGGAUCAGCUCAAGGGGUUGCUACAGCACCAACGGGUCAUGAGCCGCAGGGAAAUGGAGACGAUUCAGAUUCAACGGAAAUGCUUGACUCAGAGACGGAACCCUGUCUGCUGAUGAUGGACAACGUUUUGGAGGAUGUGGUACACCCGGAUUCGCAUUCACACAACAUGGUUUCCUCAUGCACGGGGAUGAUCUCUCAAAUAGAGCUGCCCACAGAGUUGAUUAGUCAAUGUAGCCAUCAGAUCAAUAUGAAUGGGGGAACAGGCGGCGAUGACUCCCUGCAACAAUUAUCCCAGGCCAUCACCAAUCGCCAGCAAAUGGAGCUGCACAUGCACAAGAUCAAUGGCAUGCCCAUGAAUCCUCGCGAUCAAUGCAACACGGAGGAGCUGAGUUGUCAUGAUUCAUUGGCGGAGCUGGCGGAAUUGCCAUCACUAAUGGAAUAUAGUACCGCACAGGCUGUGGUAGACCAGGUGAUCGAAGUGGACACCUUGGUGACCAAAUUGCUCAAGGUGUUGAGACUGGUUCAGCUGGACAACGACAAUUGCAUACAGCAAUUGAUAGUUGAUAAGAACAAACUGCAGCAGCACAAGGAGGACAUGCUGGAGAAACUAAAAGACUUAGAGGACGUCAACCUGAAGUUGCAGGACGAACUCAUGGAUGCCACCCAGGAGCUGAUGAUCAAGGGCAGCGAUCUCAGCGGGGCCAAGGCCGAAAUGCAGCGCCAUCGCAACGAGAUCGACCGUCUUAACGAGGACAUCUGCACGCUGAGCACACUCUGCAGCAGCUACAAGAAGCUAUCGCCCACUACGGAGUUUCCGCCCAUGCGCCUGCUUUCUCCCAACCAAGACCCCGAUCAGGGUGAUGUCCUGGGUAUCUUGAAUCUGCUCAAAAUGUGGCAGGCGGGUGGGCAACUAAAGGACCCACGAGUCAGUGGAUACCUCGAGAAAGUAAAUGGCAGUCAGGUCCAAAAUUCACCUCAGGAUAACAACAAUGUGGAACGCCUUAGGAUCUAUGCCAAUCAACUGGAGCAUGUGUCCCGCGUCCUGGACGAGGGUUUGCCCAUGGAGUUGCAUGCCCCGCUCCAGCAACUGCGACAGGACAUCGAGGUGGUCAGGACGAAUGCCAACUGGACUCAGCUGCUUGAAUCAAACGAAACGGAUCACAAUGCCAAUGGCGAUGUGUCCACGCCUUGA